AUGACGACCGCACACAGACCAACCUUCGACCCAGCGCGCGGAAAAGAAGCACAGCGCGGCCCAGCCUACCACCAACGUCUCCUCCCAGCACACACGCAGCUCAAAGUCCGGAAGCCUGGACAGGGCGGGGACGCAGACCAUCAAGUUCGCGAUUUGCGCGCGGAAUUGUUGCAGGCUGAGGCGGCACAUUUUGCAAAGGUUAAGGGAGGCCCGGCGCCGGUGGAGGAUGGUGAUGGGGAUACGGUGAUGGAAGGGGGUGUGAAGCGGGCGUUGGAGAAUGGGGAGGGGGGUGAGGAGGAUAUGGAGGCGAAGAGACGGAGGGUGCUGGAGGAGACGAGGGAUUUGGAUAGGGAUAGUGAGGAGGAGGAGGAUAGUAGUGAGGAUGACAGUGACGACGACGAAGACGAAACAGCAGAACUUCAGCGCGAGUUGGAGAAGAUUAAGCGCGAAAGAGCCGAGAAAAGAGAACAAGAGGAACGAGAAAAAGCCGCCGCAGAAGAAGCCGAGCGAGAACAUGAUAUUGCCCUAGGAAAUCCUCUCCUAAAUCCAAAAACCGACUUCAACGUUAAACGAAGAUGGGACGACGAUGUCAUAUUCAAGAACCAGGCCCGCGGUACCGAUGACAAGAAUAAGAAAAAGGAGUUUGUUAAUGAUCUACUUCGAUCGGACUUCCAUAAACGUUUCAUGAGCAAAUACGUGAGAUGA